UAUCUGAAGAACUAGCCUCAAGAUGAACUUCUUCCUGGAAACAUUAAGAGUGAUUGGACUUUUUCUUUAUUACUUACUGGAGUCAUUAGUGUUCCUGGUUGUACCUAAAUGGAAGAAGAAUGUUAGUGGUGAAAUAGUUUUAAUAACAGGAGCAGGAAGUGGCAUUGGAAGACUCUUAUCAUUAAAGUUUGCCAACCUUGGAGCCACAGUGGUUCUCUGGGACAUUAAUCAAGAGGGGCUCAAGGAGACAGUUAGACUGGCCAGAAGAAAUGGAACAGUGAGAGUUCAUUCUUACAUCUGUGAUUGUAGCAAAAGGCAGGAUGUCUACAGAGUAGCUGAUCAGGUUAAAAAAGAAGUUGGUGAUGUUAGCAUCCUAGUCAACAAUGCUGGUAUUGUAACUGGGAAGAGGUUUGUUGAUUCUCCAGAUUCACUUGCAGAAAAAAGCAUGGAAGUGAACACAGUGGCACACUUCUGGACUUACAAAGCCUUCCUCCCAGCCAUGAUUGCCACUAACCAUGGACACUUGGUUAGCAUUGCAAGCUCUGCGGGACUGUUUGGAGUCAAUCGUCUUGCAGAUUACUGUGCAAGUAAAUUUGCAGCAGUUGGUUUUGCAGAGUCAAUUGAUUUAGAGAUGAGAUGUCUGAGAAAGUUUGGUAUUAAAACCACAAUUGUGUGUCCUUACGUCAUAAACACAGGAAUGUUUGAUGGUGUUAAGAACACGUGGCCACAUGUGCUUCCCCAUCUGGAUCCAGACUAUGUGGCUGAGAGGAUAAUCACUGCUGUUCGGCGGAACCAAGAAAUGUUGCUGAUACCACGCAUCCUUUAUGUUUUUUUUGCUUUGAAAAGCAUUCUACCAGUGAAAGCAAAUGUUCUGCUUAUGGAGUAUUUUGGAGUCCUUGAUGUCAUGGAUACCUUCAAAGGUCGACCAAAGAAGGAGUGA